AUGGGAGCCAUCCAUACCACCAUAUUAGCCAAGCUCUCCGGCAAAGGCCAGAAGCUUUAUCACGAAGCUAGAAACAUUAUAGAUCGGGUGGAUACAAGCUCUCCUAUUGGAGUUCUUGAAGACUACCAUAGGAGCGAAGAAUCGGAAAGUUGUUCUUCAAAAGAACCCAUAUCGGAUGAGGCUACUUAA